AUGACAAAGACGUGUACCAAUAAUCAUUAAGCGUUAACCAAGAAAAUUGCCUUGACAAUUGAUGAAAUUUAGGAUUCACUUAGUCUAGAAAGCCUCUAUCUUGAAAGCUAUGGUUUGACUUUAGAUGCUAAUACCUAUAUUGACAAUUCUGCUUCUAAAUAAAAUGGAAUAAUAAACAUUAUAAAUGUCAAGAAACUCAGAAUAUCAAAUGAGACAUAUAUUAAUAAUACUGAUGCAUUCUUUUAAAAAUCAACUAUCCUUGCUCAAAAAAUAAUUUAAGAAUACAUACCUUAGGACACAAAUUAAGAAAUAAAUAUAACUGGUAUUGAUUCUGAUUUUAACCUUGCUGCUUCACUUAUUAAAAUUUAGAGAUCUAGAUUUGUCGAUAUAAAUUUAAUCAACUUUGAUUCUAAUUACUUGAUAGAGCCAAAUUCAAGCAUUAAUAGAGCUCAAACAAUAUUUCUUACUGAUAUAAUAGAUGGUAGCUAACUUAGUAUAAUUCAAACAAAUACUAAUACAUAUUAACUAACAAAUAGUAGCUAUGACAAUUGGUAUUUAAAAGAUUCAAGUUUUAGAUAGAAUUCUUUAUUAAACAUUGGAGGCUUUUUAGGUAUCCCACUGAAAUCUAACUUCCCACAGUCUCAAAAAAGUUUUAACUUGAUUCAUGCUGGUAUUGAAUUCUAAUAAGAAGCGUAUAUCUAACUAAUGAAUACCUAGUUUUUAAACCUAAAUUUUAAUAAAUCCGAGGGAACAAUUCUUGGAAUAUAAAGUGGCACUUUCUUCAAUUUAAUUGCAGAUCAAUGUGUAUUUAGUGAAAUUAGGAAUUCAAUCUAUGCAGGCAUAGUUUUCGCAAAGAUCUCUGUCGGUAUAAAUAUAGAGAUCUCAAACUCCUUUAUAAAUACAUUUGAGUCUUAUUUUGGUGUAGGAGGAAUUAUAAAUCUUUAAACUAAUAGUGCUUCUCUGAAAGUUAAGAAUACUCUAAUUUAAAGUAUUCAUACUAACGGAACUGCUCCAUUUUGUAUUAUAACUUAAGAUUAUAUUAACAUUCAAGUUAGCAGCAAUACUUUAAUCAAAAAUGUAGUUGGUGGAUAGGAUGGAGGAAUAUUCUUUGUUUCUACCGAAAUGCUUGAUUUAACUAUUUAAGACUCAGAAAUAAAAUAGAUAUUUACAAAUGGAAGUGGUGGUCUAAUUUAUAUUUAACCAAAUGAUCAUUUAACAAAUGCUAUUGGUGCUGGUGGAAUAUAGUUCCUAAACUCGUAAAUAGGAGAUAUAUAUGCAAAUUAAGGGUCUAUCAUUUAUUUCAAUGCAUCAUUAGUCGAACAUGACUUAUUUCCCUAGCCCUUACUAUUAGAAUCUACUGGUAACUUUUACGAAUUCUUUAAUUAUCAAUAAAUCGAGUGGGUGUUUCAAAACUUCCCGAUAUAAAUAUCUGAACUUAUUUUUCAAACUUUGGGGACAGUAUAAUUUGAUCAAAUAGAAUUAGUUGACUCUGAUACAUUAUCAUUUGGAAGAUUGAUAACUAUAGGAGGUGAACAAUAAUCAACUGUUUACUUGUCAAACAGUUAUAUUAAGUUAAACCUUGCGAUUGCUGUUUAGGGGGUAUAGCUCAAUGAAUUUAAGAUAAACUAGAUGUAAACAGAUUCACUUGGUUAAAUUUUAAAUAUUAGCUCAUAGAAUGCGUGCUAAGUCUCUUUGACUAAAGUUUAGUUAACUUGUAGUGAAUAACCUUUUGAUGUUGAAUAAACUGCUCUACUUUUAUUACAAGACGAGGUUAAAACUCAAAAGAGUAUGUUUUACUUUGAAAAUGCUUUGAUAUUUUCAUAAUUAAAUAGAAUUAUCAAUUGCUUUAUUGCUGAAAAAGGAGCAAUUUAUCAAACAAAGAACUCAUCAUUUUACGAUUAAAAUUCAAUAUAUCAAGAUUUAGCAGCUUUAAGAGGGGCUUUAGGAUAUUUCGAUAAUUCUCAAGUCUAUUUUUAAUCGAUAUUUGUUAGAUAGACAAUUGCUUAGCUUGGAGGAUUUCUAGAAAUCUUUGGAAAUUCUCUAUUAGAAAUUAAGUCCUCACAAAUAGAGACUCUUUGGACGACCAUAAAUGGAACAUGUAUUUAUGUAUAUGAUGAAUAAAAUUAAAUCACUAUUAGAAUUUAAGAGACUUCUUUUAGAGAUUUAAAUCCAUAUAUAAACUAGCUAAAUUUUGCAAAUUAAGCCAAUGGAGGUUUGAUUUAUGCCAAAGGCAAAGUCAAUUUUAUUGCAAAUCAAAUUCAUUACCCACAGAUUAUUUCUAAAGAGAUUCCCUUUCUUAAGUUGAUAUUAAUACAGCAAUAACUGUUGACUCUCAGACUUAAUGAAUUGUAUUGCUAACUUUGGAGGGAUGAUUUAUCAGGAUAAAUUUUCUCAGAUUAAAUUGAAGUUUGGAUGGAUACGUUUUGCAAGCUCUCUAAAAAGUGGGGCUGUGCUAUAAGUUUAUAAGAUGGAGGGUCUUUCUAUAUUGAUUCUAAUGAUAUGCAAUUUGAACUUCUAGUUUUAACUUGCUAAACAACUGAAUCAAUUAAUGGAUCUGGAGGAUUUUUGUAUAUCAAAGAAGCUAAUUACAGCAAUAUUAACAACUUAUAAUUAACGGAUUCUUAUUCUGCUUAAAAUGGCUCAUAAAUUUACACUCAAAAAUAGGGGCUAUAAUUUGUCUUAUCUAACUCUGGUUUCUAUUAGGUUUCAAAUAAAGCUGUAAAUAAAUACCCUUAUGAUAGUUUAAUUGAAAAUUCUGGAGGCAUCACUCUUUUAAAUACUAAAUCAAUAAUUUUAAGCUAUAAUUAAUUCGACGGUAAUUCUAUCUCAAAAAGAGGUGGAGCAAUAUUUGUAUAAGGAGGAUAUUUAUCAGUUUUAGGAUGCAACUUUUAAUAUUUGUACGCGUUUUAUGGGGCUGCAAUGUUUUUGGAAAAUGUUGAGGUUGCAGUAUUUGAAAGCUUAGUUAUCGAAACAAGCCUAGCUAAAUAUCAAGGAGGUGCAAUAUUUAUUAAGAAUCCAAAAGGAGAUAUCAAAAUCUUAGACUCAGUUUUUAAUAAGGUAGUAGCAGAAAAUGAGGGAGGAUGUGUAUACUACUUAGUAGAAGAUAUGAAUUCUGGGACAUAAGGAACUACUAAUAGUCUUUUUCUAACACUUGAGUUCAGGAAUGUAAAUAUGACUAAGGUCAAAGCUAUUACCGCCAGUUCUGUAUUAGUAUCAAGUUUACGAACUAAUGUGUAUUUCGAGUCCUGCUAACUUAUCUAAUCAUAUGGUGAAACUAUCAACUCUAUUUUCAUUGAGAUGGCAAAUAUGGUUGAGAUAAAUAACUUUUAUGCGGCUAGUAUUUACUCGAGAACUCAUUCUAGUUUCUUGUAUGUAAACAAUGUUGCAGAUUCAGUGAAUGUUCGCUUUUCAUAAAUAUAUUGUAGAACAUCAUUAGAUAUCAUCAGUUAUCCUGAAAUUAUCUGGGGAGCAUCAUUACCAGUUGAUGAAAAUCAGUAACAACAAGAAUCUGAGUAGACUACUAUAUUUGAUUUUGAAACAAUAGGAUAGUUGUAUUACUUAGAUAGAGAUAUAAUGACUCCAAUAAUUGUGAAAUCUGCAAAGUAGUUUUUCAUAGAAAAUAUGUAUAUGAACUGUAAAAUGGACAGAUUAAACACUCCUAGGACUUAAGCCUUAAUAAUAUUUCAACCUUAAAUGCAUAUUGAGUUGAUUGGAUCUUAUUAUGGAAUCUUUGCAGAUAUAAAUUCUUAUUACUAAGAUUGUGAAGGAUUGAAUGGAGGAAUCUAUAGUUUAUAAUAUCAUAAAGCCUAUCUCUAUAAUAAUACUGUGAUUAAACUUGUCUCUAGUAAUAGUUGA